AUGGAGGCAACAUCACAGGGAUUCCCUGUGGGAAACUCUCCAGCGAUUUCAGUUGGAAAGAGUGACAGCUCGGAUUCGGAUGCUCAGCGGCCUCAACUCAGCCCCAGCAUCACCAGCGAUUUUCAUCAUCAUCCCGGACUCUCGCCCCAGACUCCGUCGCCCGAUUCGAAUUUGAACCAGGACUGGGACGGACAGUCCGUUGAAUCCACCAUGGCGGACCCUUUCGAGGUUCGAAUGCGCUUCACGGGCCAGCUGCAGCAUUUGAAUGCGUCAGUCACUUCUGCCCAGAAGGCGGCUCAGUAUGCCCUCAAGUACAAGGACAUGGACGAGGAUCUGCACUCGUGUAUUCUGGAGCAGUUGGAGCGCAACAACAUGAACACGCGCGCCAACAUCAUGUACUUCAUUGAGCAUUUCCUUGAGAUGGCUCAGAAGGACAAGCACAUGGACUACAUCCGCAUGAUGCAGCGCGACAUCAUCCGCAUCGUCGACGCCGUCGCCCCCGACGAUGGAUCCGGCGCUGCCAAUGUCAAGGUCGUCCGAAGAGUCCUUCGAGGCCUCCAGGACAAGGAUUUCCUCGAGGCUCGUACAGUCACGGAGAUUGAAGAGGUCCUCAAGGAGCGCGAGACGAGCGCGCACGAUGCGGGCCUCUCGUCCCCCGUCAACGGCGACGUCGAGAUGGGCGACGCGCCCCCCAGCCACGCGAUCCCGACUAACGGCCGGGCCCCGCGCCUGGAGAAGCGCCAGAUUGAGCAGCGCAUCGAAGAGGACCGCGAGCGGCACAAGCGGCUGCGCGAGAGCAUCUGGGCCAUCUCGUCGCACGCAAACGCCGAGAUCGACAAGAUCUGGGAUGAGACGAGCGACUUUGGCGAUGACGACCACAUUCUGGGCGAGGAGGAGUCUGCCGAGUUCACCCAGGCCAUGAAACACUCGUGCCCUCCCAAGCCGCCUGCCGGUCCUGCUAGCACUCGCAUCACCAAUGGGAAGAAGAACUGA